AUGUGUGACACUAAUCUAAUGACAUUAAACAGAUGGUUGUUAUCUGAUCAUCAUAAGAACACACCCAAUAGAAUAGAGUUUGCCAAUUUGAUGUCUGGUAUAGCGUUGGCAUGCAAGAUUACAACCAACGCCAUCAAACGUGCCGGUUUCGAACAGUUGUUUGGUCUAGCAGGUGUCACCAACGUUCAUUCAGAGGAUGUCAAAAAGCUGGAUAUCAUUGCCAACGAUGCCUUCAAGUAUGCUCUCAAGGGAACUAAAGAAGUGUUUUGUAUGGUCUCUGAAGAGGAACAAAGUAUCAUCCCUGUCGCUGAACACGACGCUGGCAACUUUGUAGUCACCUUUGAUCCCCUCGACGGUAGCUCCAACAUUGAUUGUAAUGUAUCUGUUGGUUCAAUCUUUGCUAUCUGGCCAAAGGUUUCAAAAGAUAAUAAUUACUCUGACAAAGAUGUAUUAAGAAAAGGAAGAGAAAUGAUUGCAGCUGGAUAUGCUUUAUAUGGAUCGGCUACAAUGUUGGUUUUGACGACUGGAUGUGGAGUAUUUGGGUUCACAUUGGAUUAUACGGUUGGAGAGUUUGUAUUGACUCAUCCAGACAUCAAGAUCAAGCCACGUGGAGCCAUCUAUUCGAUCAACGAGGGUAAUUCAGUCUAUUGGGACAAGGCAACUGCCGACUAUGUCAACUCUAUCAAGAGCGGUAAGAACGGCAAGACUCCAUACUCUUCACGAUACAUUGGUAGUAUGGUCAGUGAUGUUCACCGUACCCUCUUGUACGGUGGUAUCUUUAUGUACCCUGCCGACUCCAAGUCACCACAAGGAAAGCUCAGAUACCUCUAUGAAGUUGCACCACUCUCAUUGCUCAUGGAACAAGCUGGCGGUAAAUCGACCAAUGGACAACAAGCCUGUCUAGAUCUAGUACCCGGAAACAUCCAUCAACGUGUUCCAGUGUUUAUGGGUAGUGUUGACGAUGUUUCAGAUUUAGAGAGUUUCCAUAAAUCUUCUUAA